AUGCGGUGUAUCGAUGAAGAACCAGAAAAAGAGCUCGGCUUCGCCUCUCGUCCGUUGAAUAAUGAUCCCUUGAGGGCAGCAAGAAAGGCAGACUCGACAGGUGCCAUGCUCCGGCUAUCUCUAUGGGUAGCUUUCGCAGCGUGGAUUGCGAACUUCGACAACGGCUAUACUGGCACCAUCUUGAUCAUGCCGUCCUACCGGAAAGCAUUCGGAACUUGUCGAGAAAUCAUGAACCCCACCAAUGGCAAAACUAUUGAGCACUGUUCGAUAACGCCAAUUCAGCAAUCACUUAUUAGCCUCAAUUACCUGUUCAUUGGAAUUGGAGGUGGUCUUUCCGCACUGACAGGAAGAUAUACCGGGCGCCGUGGCGCGAUCCAGAUCGGAUGUGGCCUGGCAAUCAUCGGUGCAGCCGGGAUGUUGGGGACUGGUAGUCAUUCGGGCGGAACGUUUCUUCACUACAUGGUCUGCAAGUGCAUCAGUGCUAUUGGUAUAGGACAGCUUAUUGCCGCUGCGCUCUCUUAUGGCUCGGAAUGCAUCGUUGCCAAUAAGCGAGGCCUUGCCUUGGGACUAUAUAACGUUGGGUUGGCAUUGGGCAACCUUGCAUCUUCGGCAGUGUGUGCGGGCUCCGCACGCCUUGAAUCUGCAAAUAAUUGGCAAUGGAAAACACCCAUACUUUGCCAGAUCCCCUUGGGCAUUCUCCUUGGUGCGGGCAUUCUGAUGUUCCCUGAGUCACCGCGAUGGAUCUUAAACAACGACGAAAAUAGGGAAGAAGAGGCGCGCAGAGCGUUCAGUAUCUUAUACCGCAUACCCGCCGAUUCAUCCGAAAUCACUGCUCAAAUCGAAGAUGUCAAGGCGCAUAUCAAGACUGAGCGCGCUAAUGCCGCCGCCUCCUCUUGGUACGAGAUCUACACGAAACGCCACUUCCGCCGAACGUGGACCUCCGCUUUGAUAAUGAUCGGACUUUCGAUUACUGGCAUUCAAUUUGUACAGCCAUACGCGACUACUUUUCUGAAAGGUGUCGGAAUCAGCAACCCGUACCUCAUCAAUGUGAUAAUCGGUCUAUCGAUCCUCGGCGGGUCGUUCCUUGGGCCCUUCGUCGUGGAAUAUGGCGGACGGCGGUUCGCUAUUCUAUCUGGGUACAGCGCUAUGGCUGUUUGCAUGUUGAUACUGUCCUCAGUAAGCACGGCGCUAGGGGCAAUUGGAAUUUCGAAGAUGAUUGUUGUUAUUUUGCUUUGCGUCUGGUCGUUCGUGUUUGGGGGGACUAUUGCGCCCAGUGCUGGUCUUGCUUCGGUGGAGAUGCACAGCGUGAGGCUUCGCACAUACGGGCAAGCACAUACAACUGUUCUCUACGGCAUCUUCUCCUUCGGCGCGACUUUCUGGACCCCCUACAUGCUCGACACAGAUCAUGGUAACAUGGGUCCCAGAGUGGGAUACUUUUAUGCCGCUGUGACGGUAGUUAUUGGAGUCUUAGUUUGGUUACUGGUGCCUGAGACUGCAAGUUUGACUUUGGAGCAGAUUGAUGAUGUCUUUAAUUCGGGCAUUCGACCAUGGAAGACGUCGACGGCAGCGAAUAAAGCCAUGGUGCGGGACAAAGCUCAAGAAAUGUCGCUUGAGUAG